AGUGAGUUUAACGGCUGGUCUGAGAUCUGCGUUUGUGUUCCUCCUCUAAUAGUGGAUAUAAGAGUUUGGUCACUCAAGCUGAUCUGAGACAAACCUGUUAUACCAUCCUAAAGAUGGCAGCCUCCGUCAGAUAUUUACUGAAACCUUGGACACCGAGUCUGUGUUUGGUGAGAUGGAGUCGGUAUAAUCCAUACUAUCUGGACCCCGAUCCCAGUAAAGAUGCUCGUGUCCCUGAAUCAGAGCUCAGUCCUGAAGAAAAAGAGCUGCAGGAACUGAAAACAGUGAGACCGAUCAAAGCAGCGCUGUCGAGCGACACCAGCUCGCCGUUCAAUGACCCUCUGAUCAGCAAGUUCAUCAACAUGAUGAUGCAAGACGGCAACAAAAUCCUUGCUAGAGAAAUCAUGACACAGACGCUGGAGACCAUGAAGAGGAAACAGGUGGAGAAAUACCACAAAUCUCCAGCAGCUAAGAGAGAAGAGAUCGAGUGCAAUCCAUACAGCAUCUUCCAUCAGGCCCUAGAGAACUGCAAGCCCAUCAUUGGCCUGGCCAGUGUUCAGAAAGGAGGGAAAUCUUAUCAGGUGCCGGUUCCUCUCACAGAUAAUCGGCGGCGUUUUCUGGCCAUGAAGUGGAUAAUCACAGAAUGCAGAGACAACAAGCACCGUCGCACACACAUGUACGAGAAACUCUCGCAGGAGCUGCUGGCUGCCUUCGCUAACGAGGGAAAUGUAGUGAAACGCAAACAUGACCUUCACAAGAUGGCCGAAGCCAACAGGGCAUACGCACACUACCGCUGGUGGUAGAGAGAAGACGUUUGGACUCCUAAUUCACCUAAAGAUGUGAUUUGUUUUGGACUGAUAGCAUCAGCAGUUUGGGAUGGAUGGGCAUCACAAAAAAGGACAUGAGAAAGUCUGUUAUCUUGACUCAUAAAUACAGUUUGUCUUCGUGUGAAAGUAAAUAAAGCUAUAAGUCACGUUUCCAUUUUUGAUCAGGAAUGUGUUACAAGAGUUAGAAAACAAAUCUAUGACACAUUACACAUUCUUGAGACUUCAACUGCAAUCUUGUCCACAAAAAUACUUAAUUAUUUCUUUAUAUUUGAAACUUGUAGCAUGAAGACAACUAUACUGUCAAGGUCUAAUCUGCAAGAGCCUGAGAAAUCAGUGAGGCCAAAAAACAGCUGCACAGGAGCUUUAUUUUAGAUUUUGAAAUACAAAAUUUUGGAAUCAUCAUGUUAACAUUUCGGUCCACAGGACCUUCUUUUAUUUAUAUAUAUAUAUUAGUGCUGUAAAAUGAUUAAUCGCAUCCAAAAUAAAAGUUGUCUAC